AACUUUGAAAAAAUUGUGGUGCACAAAGCAAGCACUUACGACUUUCACAUUUCGAAAGCAUCCCGUGUGAAAUGUAUGGUUGCUCUUGGCGGAGGAGAAAGGUGGCCUUAGUGCUCGAAGAGGCUCUGCAGAGUUUUGGAGAAGAAGGCCGUUUUGGAGCUCUGGGAAGGGACGGGGAGGGAUAUUUUGGCGGGAUUAAUUUAUGGGAGAAUUGGAGGAGUGUAGACUUUGCUCUCGGGGACAUUAAUCAUACAGCGCUCUUGGUGGAGGAGAAAGUGGCCUUGGUGCUCGAAGAGGCUCUGCAGAGUUUGGAGAUGAAGGCCAUUUUGGAGCCCUGUGAAUCGACGGCGAGGGAUGUUCUGGCGGGAUUAAUUUACGGGAGAAUUGGAGGAGUGGUGCGUUUUAGCCGUGCCACCUGCCCCACGAAUACUUAAGUAGUUUGAAAGAAUGAUGCAGAGAAUUUUGGGUACGGCCGAGGCAAUAAUCUUUGUAAUCUGUGUAAAAAGUUGGUUAAACCCCUAUUUUGGUCCCUGAACUAUUAUACAGACCCCUAUUUGGUCCCUGAACUAAAGAAAUCCUUAAUUUGAUC